AUGAUAGUAGCACAGCCUGGAGAGUUGGAACAUUUGAGCGAUCGUCUGGCCAAAACCUGUGUCGUGGAAGAACCCGCGGCGGAGGAAGGGCAGUCGUCAAGUACUCCGGAUUCAACUACCUUGGGUUCCCAAAGCCCAUCCCCGAACUCAGGCGGGCUACAGCUGGACCAGCUUGCAAAUACAAAUUUGCUAACUAUCCGAGUUAAGUGGAGCAAACCUCAAGCCACAGAUCCCCGGACUUCGGAGCUUGUAGGCAGGCUUUCCGAGGUGGCACAUAGUAAGAGGGGCUUUGCACUCAAUCCGUCUGUAAUCGAAAACUACGAGUAUCUCAGCGACAAGACACGGCUGGCAGUUUUGAAGGAGAACCAGGAGACAUAUGUUCAUGAAUUUGGGACGGAGGAAGUUGCAACUUCACAACCAACGUUGAAAUCUGAAAACGCUGCACCGCUCUCGCCUCCGUCCUCACCCCCACAUUCCAACUCUGCUUGGCUGUAUGACUUUGUUUUCCAAUCCCAGUUCAAACAAUGGGCCGACUUGGUCACUGCCCGCGACGAUUCCAUUGCCGCACUCCGCCAAAACGAAACUGUGACAAGAUGGUCAGUAAGUGAAAACGCACAUGCUUUGACUCAUCCCGGAAACCUGUACGUCAGAGGCAUACCCAAAGACCUCACUAUUGAUGAUUUGAUGCCGAUCUUCGGAAAGUUCGGACCUGUCUUGGCGCUGAAAAUCAUUUGCGACACAACUACCGGGCAAUCUCUUGGAUACGGGUUUUUGUCGUACCCACUGGGCUCGCAAGCUUCCAGGUGCAUCAAAGAACUAAAUGGCAAUCUCAUGAAUGGCUCGCCGUUGUUUAUAAACUACCAUGUCGAGCGCAAAGAACGAGAACGCAUCCAUUGGGAUCAUGUAAAGGAGGACAACGAUGAUGAGCGUUUUAAGGGAAUCUUCAUCAGAAACUUGCCUACAGAGAAUGAAGAUAAAAAGAUUGUAGCGCCCGAAGAUGUGGUGGCGAAAUUCGAAUCUGAGCUCGCAGUCAACGACGAACCUGUGCAGAUCCUGUCGUAUUACUUGCCCAAACGCAAUAGUAACAGUGAGGUUGAGUACGAUGACAAUGACGACAAGAUUAACAAUGUGGAAAUUUGCGCCGCGCGCAACGAAGAGUGUCCUUUGAAAGGAUACGGCUUUAUCAAGUUUGGCUCGCAUGCGCAAGCGCUCCGAGCAAUCCAGAAGUUUCACGAUAUGGAGUGGCUUGGAGUCAAGCUUAUUGUCAACAAAGCAGUGCAAUCUAAGCCCCAUGUGUACCACCAUCAUCAGCAUCACCAUCAGCAUAACAAUAAUAGUCACCACACUCAAAAUUAUAAACAUCAAAAUGACCAUAGAAAUCGACGCAACAGCGAACGCUCCAAUCCUGCAAGACAGGCAAGUAUGUCAAACAUAUCUUUUUACGCUCCAUUCAAUGGCUCACCAUCUGGCCUAGGGUUUUUGUCAAACACAAUGCCUAUUUACUCCCAUGCUGCGGAGCUGGACCCUCAUGAUACAGCGGCUGGUUUUUCUCCAGUUCCUUCUCCUUCACCCCACCAGCCAUAUAUCCCGCCAGCUGCAAUGCCACAUAUGCUUUUUGGUGCAGCGCCUUCGCUGAGCACCACUCCAGAAAGCUCUACUGCUCCGUCAUCUCGCAACGGGUCAAUUUUUCAAAGGCAAAGCCAGAAUAGUUUGAUUCCUCACUCGCCCUUUAUGCUACCUAUUCCGACCAAGGAUCAACAGGAAUCAAACCUGUACGUUAAGCACCUGCCACUAACCUGGAGAGAUGAAGACUUUUACCAAUUCUACGAAAAGUUUGGUGAGAUUAUUAGCGCCAAGAUCAUCACUGUGGGCGGUAGUAAGAACGGAGAAAAUACGGAGAAAAGAUCACAACAAGUAGAUGACUCAGCGCUGGGAACCUCCAGAGGUUACGGUUUUGUCUGCUUCAAAAAUCCAUUAGAUGCUUCCCGGGCCAUGAUGAUCACCGACCGUUACCAAGUCGAUGAAGACCACACCUUAUACGUGUCAUUUGCCCAAAAGCGUGCCAAAUCUGUCAGCAAUGGUGAUUCGGUCAAAGUUCCCGUGAAUGAAGAUAGGUCACACUCUGCGCGGAGGAGCUUUCAUUAUGGUCAACACCCUGGAACCGACGUGUUAGGCAACUAUAAUGCGAAGUUUUUAAGUGCAAUGAUGCAGCAACAAAAUGGAAUGGCUCGGGCUCGUGGGAGCUGGCCCGUAGCUUUGGGGCCUCAAAUGCCUCCACAUUAG